UUUCGUGUUUCGUUUCUUCGAAUCCGGUGCGGCGCGCGAAUUCCUCGUUAAAAUCCGGCCCAAAAAUCGCGAACCACACGUCUGAACGUCGGGUACAAUGUGCAUAGAAAGUGGUACGACCGUCGCGGAACAAGGUGCGAUAGUGGACAGAAAGGGUGCGGGUCGACAGUCGUUGAAAUCAACCUCGGAAGAUAUGCCGGGCGACGGGUUACGGAUUCGGCGGAUUGCCGGAGGUUGUAUGGUCAAUCAUGCGCCGCUGUUUUCGGCCAAUGGGGAGAUAAUUUACGUGAUUUGGGAAAAUACGGUGCGGGCUUUCAGUGCUACGACCGGAGAGUAUGUCCGGGAUUAUGAGGGUACAGACCAGAAUAUUGUCGGUAUUGUGACCAUCAAGAACAGUCCCAAGCUGUUGUACGGCUGUUCUAGCCAUGGUCACAUCUUGGGAUGGAACGUAGAGUCCGGAGUGCUGCACGAGAGGAAGGAAAUUCUUCACAACACAAAAUUUCAAGUGUCCUUUUUUGACGUCAUGUACGAUGAACACGACGUUCCGUUGUUCCUGGUGGCCGGAGAGUCAACCAAGAAGGUCAUUAUGACUUACUGUCCUAUCAAGGGCAAGAUCACAGACACUUACGCGCUCCACGAGGGCGAAAAGGACGGCCAAAUAAAGCUGGCUAUCGGCGCUCCGGGACUCAACUUCUUCGCCUUCAUUACGACCGGUGACCAGCUGUGGCGCUGGGGCAAAGUCCAACCGCGCAUCAAGGCCCACCCCCGACGCCACUGUAACGGCGUCCAACCCAAAGUCGUCGCGUGCCAUCCCAACGAGGACAUCGUGGCCAUCGGAGACGCCAUCGGUCGCGUUGUCCUGUACAAACACUUCCUCAAAACGGGAAUGGCCAUCCCGGAGACCUACCACUGGCAUCCGAACCCGGUCCAGAGUGUGACCUUCUCCGCAACCGGAACGCACUUUUACUCCGGUGGGCUCGAGCGCGUCCUCAUCAAGUGGACCGUCGGCAAGCAGCAGGAGAAGGACAUCCUGCCGCGGCUAUCGGAUUCUGUGGUCCAGAUCUCCGUCGCGCCGGAAAACCUUCGCGUUGCGCUUUGCACCGCCGAUAAUGGGAUUCAGAUUUUGAACGCGCUGCAGAAGCAGACGGCCGUUGUGCAGAGCUUUUCGCGUAUUUCUGAUGAUUAUACCGGGCAGAAUCCGUACCCGGUGGGGAUUCGGGUUAACCCGAGGACGCAGGCGUUGAUUCUGAACGGGAGGAUCGGCUGCGUGCAGUUCUUUUCGACGUACACGAGGAGUUUGCUGUACACGCUCGACAUCACGCUUAAAAACUACAACACGCUCGAGCACAAGAGCGUCAUCUACAACACCGUCGUCACCGGCGUCGCCGUCAACGCGCACUGGCUGGCCACUGCCGAAUGCUGGAACGACAACUGCUACUCGUCGGAGACGCGUCUCAAGUUCUGGCGGUACGACGAAUCCCGCCAAAAUUACGCCCUCAACACGAACGUGGAGAAUGUACACGCGGGUGGCGUUGCCGGGUUGGAAUUUUCGAGCAGUUCGAAGGAGCGGGACGUUCUUUGUGCGAGCGCUGGGAAUGAUCGUUGCGUGAAGGUUUGGGCGUUGCAGGAGGUUGAGGUGACCGGGGGUGGGGAGAAGCUGAUUUGGAGUUGUGUGGGGAGGGUGGAGUACAAGAACUUGGUGGUGAGGUCGGUUUCGUUCUCGCAGGAUGGAUCGCUGUUGGCGGCUGGGUUUGGGAAUGUUCUUUGCGCGUGGAACGCCGAGACGUUGCGGUUGAAGUGCGUGUUGAGCGCGCCGGCUGGGUACGAUGGAGGGGUGAAUCGAGUUGUGGUGGCGGUUCCGGGCAAGAAGAAAUUGGGGGUGAAGAAGGCGACCUUUUUGGCCAAGAAGGCCGAGGUUGUGAAGCAGAUGUUGGAGGUGCUGGAGAAGAAGGACGUUUCGGCGCUGUUUAAGAACGUCACGGAGAGCAAGAGGAAGCGAUAUCUGAGUGUGGAGACUGGGGGGAAGCCGGAGAAGUUGUCCAACGAGGAGAAGAAGCUGGUCUUCAAGCGAGUUCAACUGCAGAACGAGCUGACGUUGGCGCAGAAGGCGGAACUGUUCAGCAGGUUGCGAAUUCAGUGCAGAACCGCUGGUGAAAUGAAGGAAAAGAUCGCGGAGAAGUUGGCCAAGGCCAAGCGAGUGUCCGCCCAGGCAGAACGCCGUCUCCAGAAAGCCGUCAACGAACUCAGCUCCGACGUCAAGUUCCAGAGCAAACGCAAGCUGCACAACUACGAACGCCGCAAGCGCCCAAGCCCCACACUCUCCCAGCUGACAAACGUCUUCAACUCUACAAAUUCACCCAAAAAAGCCAAGAAGAAACCCGCAAAAGCCCAACCAACCAACCCCAUCAAAACCACCGCCCAAAUCCGGCACGUCCUCUUCUGCCACGGCGAGUACUCGCACCUCGUCGUAAUGGCCACCGAGAACCGCCUCCUGGUCUGGAACCUCCUAACCCUCCGCAUCCAGGUCACCGUGAACCUCACCGUCACCCACCUCUCGAUCGACUCGUUCACCAACCUCAUCGCGGCCUUCACCCGCGACCACGAACUGUUCAUCUUCCUCCCGAACAUCCCGAUGCCGCUCUACCACCGGAAGAACCUCCCGGCGGUCUACGGCGCCGCCUGGAUCCCACGUCGCUACCCAAAAUCCCAAUCGCUGAAUGUCGAUUGGCAAGCCAUCUCGCAGCUGUACUUCCUGAACGAAAAUCAAGAGCUGCUCCACCUCGUUUCGGACAGCGAUGAGGAAUCGCUUGGGCCGGUUGUGUACAUGAAUGAGGCCGUCGCCGGAGGGCUGCCGAAUACGCCGUUUGCGGCGAUGUUGGCCAAGCAGAGCGCGGUUGGUGCGUCGGGAGUGACGACGAGUGCUGGUGGUGGUGAGCAGGUUGGAGUUAUUGGAGUUGCGGGGAAGAACGGGAUUAGAGAGAUCGUCGGAUCCUCCGCACACAUGAUGGCCCCGAUCAACCUUCUCUGCAAGGACUUUCUCAAAUCGCUGCUGCUGGUCGACGAGCGACGACGUCAACGUGACCCGGCGGAAGUUGGUGGUGACUCACAUCCAGUCCAAUCCACCUCGAAGCCUAGCGGUGACAACGGGCAGGACCAGGAAGAUGACGAAAGUGGCUCGGAUAGUGAGGCCAGUGGAAAGCAGCGGGUCAAGCUGGCUGCCCGGAAGGCGGCCCUCGAGGCGAUCGAACGGGCCAAGAUGCGACCGGCGACGAGGACGGAACAGCUCGGCCAGGAUGAUAAGCUGCGGAAGCUGCUGGAGGAGGGAGUGGAGAUUGAGUUUUGAGCUGGGGGAGCUGGUGUGGCUUG